AUGCAAUUCUCAUCUGCUGUCGUUUUAUCCGCUGUUGCUGGUUCCGCUUUGGCUGCUUACUCCAACUCCACUGCCACUGACAUUCAAACUACUGUUGUUACCAUCACUUCUUGUGAAGAAAACAAAUGUCACGAAACUGAAGUCACCACUGGUGUCACCACUGUCACUGAAGUUGAAACCACUUACACCACUUACUGCCCAUUGUCAACCACCGAAGCUCCAGUUGCUUCUACUGCUACUGAUGUUUCUACCACCGUUGUCACCAUCACCUCUUGUGAAGAAGACAAAUGUCAUGAAACCGCUGUCACCACUGGUGUCACCACUGUCACUGAAGGUACUACUAUCUACACUACCUACUGCCCAUUACCAUCUACCGAAGCUCCAGCUCCAGGUCCAUCUGCUGAAGAAUCUAAACCAGCCCCAGCUCCAUCUGCUGAAGAAUCUAAACCAGCUCCAGCUCCAUCUGCUGAAGAAUCUUCCCCAGCUCCAACUAAAGCUGCUGAAUCUUCCCCAGCUCAAGAAACUACUCCAAAGACUGUUGCUGCUGAAUCUUCUCCAGCUCCAUCUUCUGCUGCUCCAGCUGUCUCUACUGCUGAAGCCGGUGCUGCUGCUAACGCUGUUCCAGUUGCUGCUGGUUUGUUAGCUUUGGCUGCUUUGUUCUAA